GUCUGUCGGGCCCAAGACAGACAGGAUAGCGAAAUCUAAUUCCAAUUCACGGGAGCUUUCUCUCCACCCUGUCCGGAGUGUGAGCAGUACGUAGAUAGCAGAGUGCAGUGUAAAGAAGAGCCGGUUACCCCAUCAAUCGAACCCUGGAAUAGGGGCAAAGGGAGCAUGCUCGGAAUGCUGGCCGUUUAACGUUGGCACUGGACUCUUUUGGGUUUUGGGUGCAGACGAUGGCAUGUAAGGUGAGGGGCUCCGAACCUGUUCGCGCUUACAUGCAUUGCAUAUCUGAGACUUCAACAGAAUGGAGUUAUUGUAAUUGCAUGAAAUGCUUUCUCUAUUCUUCUGCGGCACAGCAGUGAGUGAGCAGUUCAAACUUUGCAAUAUCUAACUUGUUUGGGGGGUGGUAAUAUGCUUCCCACGCUGUGAUCUUGGUAGAAUUAAGCUGGGCGAGGUUGCGUUUUCACGUGACAGUUGAUAGUCGUCACUACAUGCACACCCCAUACGUGCUAGACGAGUGAGCGCAAGGUUCGCUGGUUUCAACAUGUGAAUUCUCAGCCUUGCGAAUCCUGUCGCGUCAACCUCGAUGCAAACUUAACUGCACUACAAUCUCACAGAUAAACCAGAUUCAAUAUGCCACCAGAACUUAUACCAUCAGAUGAAGAAUACGCAUCAUCAGAAGAUGAGGAUUUCGCACCAGAUACUGCUCCAGCACAAGAAGAAUCUUCAGAGUCAGAAGCUGAAGAUGAGGAUUCUACAGCUGUGACAAAUAAAGCCAAGAAAAAGACUACGAAAAGAAAGAGAGGCAAUGAUGAGGAAGCGGAAGAUGCGGGGUUUGAAAACUCGGGUGAUGAAGCUAUUAUCGAGAAAGGCUUGAAGAAGCGGAAGAAGAAGAGCAGGAAGGGUGGGAAGGAAGAGGAAGAUGAGGGUGGUGAAGGAGGUCUAGUUAAGACGAGGAGUAUGCGCGCUCAAGAGAAAGUUGAGAAAAAACCUCUUGCAGAUACAAAAGCUGCAACAGUAGAUGUAGACGCCUUGUGGGCAACUAUGAUAUCUGGAAACCCCAUCCCAUCCAGCAGCUCCGAACCUAAACCCUCCUCACAGGCCACAAACACAUCUACAAGUCCAAAGACUGGGAGGAAGUCUCCAGAACUCCAUCGAGGAACCAGGGAACGCAACAAUUUCAACGAUGGACCUGAUUCAAUGGUUAUGAUCAAACGUACCUAUAAUUUCGCCGGGAAAGUCGUCACGGAACAAAAACUCGUCCCCAAAGAUUCCGCAGAAGCAAAACUCUUUCUCGCAUCUCAAGAAUCUGCUGCGAAGGAAGGAGAAGCUGGAAAAGAAACAGAGCUCUUCGUUAAACCCAAACGCGGUCUCAAGAAAGCUCGCCGCUCGAUCUUUGAACCUGCGGUGGAAAGCCUCAUGCCGCAGAGAACGGAUCUGUAUUUUGGACAAGCGGCAGUAGCGAGGAAUUUGUCGAAUAGUGUGGGUGCGACGGGUAAGGAGGCGAAGAAAUUAAAUACGGUAGAGAAGAGUGCGAUGGAUUGGGCUGGGUUUGUGGAUAAAGAGGGUUAUAAGGAUGAGUUGGAUGCAGCUGGAAAGAAGAAGGGCGCAUAUGGAGAGAGACAAGCUUUCUUGGCGAGAGUGGAAGCUAAGAAGGUGGAAGAUGAGAGGAGGGCAAGAGGAUUACCUGUUUAAACAUGGAUUUGUCUCUGACUACAACGCUGGUUUGGAGUUUGGGAAUUGGGGCGUUGGGAUAUAACGAUUGGAUUUUAAGUGAAUCCAAGGUCGGGCAGGUUUAAUGCUUUGAUCUUCAUGAGAUGCGUGGAUCUGAUCCAUUGAAUGUUGACCUAUAUAUCUAUCUCUCCUCUUCACGGAAACUUUCUCGUUAUUCCUUCAACACUAUACACAUAUACAUAAAUUAGAUACCCACGAAUUGAAUAUACAAAUACUCCGAUAUUGAAAAGGGAAUGUUGAUAUAUUGUGUAUCUAGGAACAAUGAUUUUAUUCUGUUGCUUUACUUUACUUUAUAAUGGCCAACUUAUCUUUCUUGUCUUUUCUCUCUUGCUGCUGUAUGUAGUAUUCUUUGUGUUUUUCUCCUUUAUCUUUGUUGAUUUCGUUUUGUAUUGCUUCGUUUACUUCAUUCUGUUUCAUUUCGUUGUAUUGUUUUUAGUGUGAUGUAAGUUACAGAUAGGAUUUAUCUAUUUAUUUAUUUAUUUAUUCAUCGUCCGGGUGGGUGGAUGUGUGAGUGUGAUUGUGAGUGGGUAUGUGGAUGUAUGAACUCUUGGAUAUGUGGAUGUUUGGACGCUCUCUGAUUAUUGUAAGUUUGAAAUUGAAGUCGAGGAGAAGGGGGAAGGGGAAAGGGAAGGGAACGCGAGUUUGGGUGCGGAUGUAUGAAUGUUUUGUUUCUCUCUCUCUCUCUCUCUCUCUCUCUCUCUCUCUCUCUCUGUGUGUGUGUGUGUGUGUAUUCAUAUCCUUUCAUUUAAUCUCUACAUCUAUAUACA